AAAGUUGUUCAGUAGGUAUGACUUUGAAAAUAUAGCUAAGGGUUGAAAAACAAUUUGUUAGCCGUUCACCCAAUACGCCGUUCGUCCAAAUCAUAUUUCGCAGUUCGUAAGGGCCGUAUCUCACCGGGACACCACGGCGGGUGCAACCAGUUGCCUGCCACCAACAAAAUGUAUACAGCUCUAUGGAGGGUAUCUAACCUGGUGUCCGCCUGGUUGCACAACCAGCCGCCGUGGUGUCCCGGUGAGAUAGGGCCCUUAAUCGUGACUCGUCAAAACACAGUUCAUCCAUAUCCAUAUCGCAAUUUGCCAUUACGUCAUCAUAAACAGCUUAACAACCGUAAAACUAGAUUCCAACGUUUGGGAUUAUUAAUACAAUACAGACAUGACACAACAUAACUUGAAAUUAAUCUCGCGCGCAUUCAUAAAGCCCUUGAUACACCUUACUUAAUUGCUUCUUCCUUCCUUUAGGUGUAACCGCGUUUAGCAAGAAAGGAACCUAAAAAGUAAGUGUAAGUGUAGUCUAUUAUUAACUAGGAAUAUUAGAAUGCUACUUAGGACGAUUGAAUUAAGUAAGCCCUAUCAAGACUUUAAAGCGCUAGCUAAAUGCAAGUUCAAAUUAUAUCGACUAGACAACAAAUUGAGAUUUUAAAAUUGGCAAUCAAAUUUGGGACUCUCCAGUUUGAUGUGAAUAAAAAAAAUUGUUCUCGGUAACGAUAUUAUUUUUACUCUAAUAGGGCUCCGAUAUAACCUUAAAACGUGACUUUGAUAUAUUUGAUAUGAAAUCAGCUAUUAAAAUGUAUGAUUACUAAAGUAAAUAAUUGGAAUUCAGAGAUUAACGACCGUACAGUGCAGAUCAUAGACAAGAUACAGGAUUUUUUGAUAUCUUGCAUCAAAUCUGAAAUUCAUUUUCGUAUAAAAGAUUUUGCUGGCUUCAUUCUAAGUUAGAAGCUGCAAAACUCAUACGUGUGUAUAUACACUUCUGCACUUGUAUCUAAAGUAAUUAAUGUCAGCAACAAAAUUUCAAGUGAUUACAUAACACAAAAAUGGCACUAGACACAAAAGAGGAUAUGCAACCUUCAAAUAAAGAAGUCAAGCCUUCAACACCGCAGAAAACCCUAUGGAAUUAUCAAAUAGUGUAUAUUAAUGUGCUCAUUUUCGCGUACUGGCAUAUUGGAGGGUUAUACGGACUGUAUCUGUGCUUCAGUGCCAAAUGGCUGACUAUUUUAUUUAAUGUGUUAUACUACAUCCUAGGAGGCUGGGGCGUUACUGCGGGCACCCACCGGCUCUGGUCUCACCGCGCAUACAAGGCGAAGCUGCCGCUGCAGAUCCUGCUCAUGCUCUUCCAAAGUUCUACGGCACAGACAUCGGUUAUCCAAUGGUGCAGGGACCACAGGUGUCACCACAAAUUCUGCGACACUGACGCUGAUCCGCACGACUCCACGAAAGGGUUAUUCUUCUCCCACAUAGGCUGGUUGAUGGUGAGGAGGCAUCCGGAUGUAAUCAAGAAGGGAAGGACUUUAGACAUGUCGGAUCUUAAGGAAAAUCCAGUGUUGCAGUUUCAAAUGAAAUACUACUUGUAUCUCAGCAUUUUCCUCGCCUUCAUACUACCGGCGCUAAUACCGUAUUACUUCUGGCAAGAGUCUUUCAAUACUGCCUACCACAUCUCUCUCCUCCGUCUCAUCAUCUUUUCCCACGUCACAUUCCUCAUCAACAGUGCAGCCCACAAAUACGGUUACAAGCCUUACGAUAAAAACAUCACUUCAACACAAAUCCCAGCACUGUCUUUUGCAGCACUGGGCGAAGGAUAUCAUAAUUAUCACCACGUUUUUCCCUACGACUACAAAACAGCUGAAUUAGGAAAUAAUUUUAUGAACUUAGCAACAAACUUUAUUGAUUUUAUGGCUUGGAUAGGAUGGGCGUAUGACUUGAAAAAUGUUUCUGAGGAUAUGAUUGCGAGGAAAGCAAAGAAGACUGGUGAUGGAACUGAUCUGUGGGGUAGGGUAGAGGAAGAUGAUACAUUGGACUAUAUUUGGGGAUGGGGGGAUAAAGAUAUGUCAGAAGAAGAUAAGAAAGCUUUGCUACAUCUUUGAUAAAUAAUCAUCACAACUAACAUAAGGUCAGAAUGGUCAAGAGUUAGAGUCACUUAUAACAUGGGUCUUUUAUGGCUGGUGAAAGUGUGCCAUGAAUAUAAUCAGUUCUAGCCGUCAACGAAAAACGGAAGAAGUUAUCAAGUUAUAUUUUUAGACUAAAUACUAGUAUUUGCCCUACAGUUGCCCUGACUGACCUUACUUAUUUGAUUUGACUGAUUCUUUCUAGAAAACCUUUUCUUGGGGACAAGUAAGCACUUAAAUUACGAUAAGUCACGUGCAAUUCUUUUACUAAGUUGCGUAUCUUUAUUCUCCAGUCCAACAACCAUGAGGAAUACUGAAAUAAGAUUAAACAAGUAGAUAAAAAAGGUCCUUGCCAGCCAGAAUAAAUAAGCUCAUGCCUUGAGCGACAAUACAAUGAAGUCAUAUAGACUUAGCAUAUAGACUGGCCUAAUCCAAAUGUAAUCUUUACAACAAAGAGCAAGUACAUAUUUCGCAAUACAAUGCGUUUGUUAUUCGAGCCUUAAAUGGAAAAUAAAAAAUGUUAAUUUUGUAA